UUCUUAAUUUAAUUGUUGUUUUUGAAUUAAUUUUGCAAUUUUGUUUAAUAAUAAUUCAAAACUUUGUUUAUUAAGUAAUUCUAAACUGCGAUAGGAAUAAGAAUAAACAGAUAAAUAUAAAAAGUUCAAAGUUCAGUUGGUGUUAUUGUUUCCAUAUAAUUAGAAUAUCUCCAAGCAAAUGUACACCAGGAGUUUAUUUUAAGAUUAAAUCAGAUUAAGAAAUAUGGUUUUUAUACUAAGGAUUUCUCAGGCUCUAAAAAAUUCAAGAAAGUAUAGUACUCAGGUGAAGUUGAACGAUGUAGUUAUUGUGUCUGCUGUAAGGACCCCCAUAGGUUCUUUUCUUGGAUCCCUUUCCUCUUUGCCAGCUACUAAAUUAGGGGCAGUUGCCAUACAAGCAGCUAUUGAAAGGGCAGGGGUCCCAAAAGAAGAAGUUAAAGAAGUCUACAUGGGGCAUGUUUGCCAAGGGGGAGCAGGACAGGCCCCAGCAAGGCAGGCAACAAUAUUUGCGGGGUUGCCCAAGUCAACAAUUUGCACAACAGUGAACAAAGUCUGCGCAUCUGGUUUGAAGUCUGUGAUAUUGGCUACUCAAAAUUUACAAACUGGCCAUCAAGAGGUUGUUCUAGCUGGAGGAAUGGAAUCAAUGUCAAAUGUGCCAUACUAUAUGAGAAGGGGAGUGACACCGUAUGGGGGGGUUCAUUUAUUAGAUGGAAUAGUCUUUGAUGGGCUCCACGACGUAUACAACAACAUUCACAUGGGGAAUUGUGCCGAAAAUACCGCCAAAAAGCUUCAAUUAACGAGACAGGAACAAGAUGAGUAUGCAAUUUCAAGUUACAAACGUAGUGCAGCUGCUUGGGAUUCAAACGCUUUCGCUGCCGAGAUCGUUCCUGUUCCUGUUCCCCAAAAGAAAGGUCAACCAGACAAGAUUUUUGAAAAAGAUGAGGAAUAUAAACGCGUGGACUUUUCCAAAUUUCCCAAAUUAGCAACGGUGUUCCAGAGAGAAAACGGGACUGUUACUGCAGGAAACUCCUCCACUUUAAACGACGGUGCGGCUGCUUUAAUCCUUACAACCCCUGACGGAGCAAAAAGACUGAACUUGAAACCUUUGGCAAGAAUAGUGGGCUUUCAGGACGCUGCAGUCGAUCCCAUAGACUUCCCUAUUGCCCCUGCGUCUUCAAUUCCUCCACUUUUACAGAAGACUGGUAUCAAAAAAGACGAUGUUGCCCUGUGGGAGGUCAACGAAGCUUUUAGUGCCGUUGUCCUAGCAAAUCAGAAGUUGCUAGAUAUCGACCCAAAUAAAGUUAACGUUCAUGGGGGCGCCGUUAGCCUAGGACACCCCAUAGGAAUGUCUGGAGCUCGAAUCGUCGUUCAUUUGGUACAUGCUUUGAAAGCAGGCCAAAAGGGCGUUGCCUCAAUCUGUAACGGAGGAGGUGGAGCCUCAUCUAUUAUGAUUGAGAAAUUGUAAGUGUCUUUGGCAAAUGGAGUGUAUUAAUUUUAAUUUUUUAUUAA